AAGGAAGUAACGGAAAAAAAAAAAAACAUUACAGUUUCUGUACCUUUCUUCUAUCGUCCAUCUUUCUCAAACACAAAAAACGUCUCAUAUUUCUCUCUCGCUUUCCUCUCUGCCUCUCCUUUUCUCUCUUCGCCGUGAAUGGCAACUCAUGGGGCGGCUCAGCCUUCGACAAAGAAACGAAGCUUUCUCCUCCGUGAUUUCUUUAAACUUUUCCGAGCAAUCUCAAGAGUUUUGCCUCGUGAAAAGUCUAACCAUAUCCAUAAGGCCAGUAAACACGAACGAAAGCUCCGCACCAAAUCCAAAGAUCACGAAGAACAGAUUUUCAACGUCUCUGAUGAUCCUAACGCGUUCCGUUUCCAGGAAUCAAAGCCGGUGGCUAACAAGGUGGAAGGUGCAAAUUUUUGCAAGGUUCGUAGCUAUAGAUUCGACAACAGCGCGAGUUUCGUGGGGAGAAGGAAGCCGUCAUCUCUUUCAAGAAGUUGUAGCCAGAACACGGCCACGACGAAUCCGAAUCUUACGAUGCGGAGUUUGUCUUUUAUAGGGAGGAGCAACAGCAGCAGCAACAAGACGGAUCCAAAUGGAUUUAUGCCGACACUUAUGAGAUCGACGACCACGGUUCCAAGGAGCUUAGCAAACCCAAUCUUAUACUCGAGCUCGUCCGCGAAAGUGGCUAAACCUCAAGCAACGGAGAAGAAACUAAGCUGCACGCUCGAGGAGCUAUGCAACGGAUGCACUAAGAAGAUUAAGAUCAAGAGAGAUGUGAUUACAACCUCAGGGCAACUGAGCGAGGAGGAAGAGACGGUGGAAAUAAAAGUGAAACCAGGAUGGAAAGGAGGAACCAAAGUAACAUUUGAAGGAAAAGGAAACGAAGCAAUGGGGAGUGUACCGGCUGAUUUGACAUUCGUGAUAAUCGAGAAAGAGCAUGGGGUGUUUAAAAGAGAAGGAGAUGACCUUGAAAUGGUGGUGGAAGUCUCUCUACUCGAAGCUUUAACGGGAUUCGAGUUCUGUGUUGCCUUACCUGAUGGUGACAACAUGAGUUUGAAGAUAAAAGAUGUUAUUCACCCUGGAUAUGUCACAGUGGUUCAAGGAAAAGGUAUGCCAAAUCCAAAGGAGGGAGGGAAGAAGAGAGGAGAUUUGAGAGUUUGGUUUCGGACUAAGUUCCCACAACAACUUACAGAUGAUCAAAGGGCAGAGAUUCAGAGCAUUCUUCAAGAAGACUCUUCUUGAUUGCGUUUGCUGUUACAAUCUUUCUUUCCCUUUUUUUAUUU